AUGGUAGAGGAUCAGUUAGUCAUUUUAGCUGCGAUUUUUGCUGCAAGAGCAGAUUCUACUAAUUGCGAAACGUUAUGGACUUUUUUCCACAGCUCAGAUGAAUUAUUUGACAUUAUUUGCUCCCUUUGGCCUGAAUUAGAUGACCCAACAAAGCUGCAAUUCCUAUUUGAUCCCUCUGAAAAGUCUUCUAGUGGACAUAGCACCAACCCCCAAGAUCUGCUAGUGGAAUUACUCGAAACCGAUGAACAAUUGAUCUCUAUGGUGGAAAUGGAUUCAGAUACGAUUACCCAAAGACGCCAAGCCAUAUCAAGAUACGCAGCUGAGUAUAUGAAACAAGUGACUCCAUAUGAUAGAAUUAAAUUUGUUACUCCCAUGGGCGAUCGGUUAAGGAAACGUCUUAUCACUUCUAAUGAACUAAGUGACCAACUACCGAUGCAGUAUCAUCCUGUAUGGAAGGUUGUAUCUAUAAAGGAUGAGGAAUUACCUAAGUGGAUUGAAGGCAUAGUGGAACCAUUAGAUCAUCUUAAUAAAAGAUUGAAUAGUUCCAUAAAGAUUAAAGAAUUUGAAAACAUGGACCCCCUAAGCGUCUUUGACAUGAUUUUAAAUACUCCAGACGAAAAUCCUGAUACGGUGCUACAAAGGGAGCUAAUGCCUUACAUGGCUAAUGGGGACUAUUAUGAACGCUUUUUACACUCCUUUUUGACCACUAAAGACUUUCCACUGAAUACAAACUAUAAUUUCGAAGUAUUCUACCAGUUGAUACUAAGUCUUGGGCUGCGAGGUCAAGAGACUAACAAAUAUUUGGAAAGAUUCAAGCGUCAGUGUGCUUACAUUUUAUUCAAAAAUGGUCCAAAUUAUUUAAAUAUCGGUACAAAAUAUCGUUUGAACCAAGUACUUUUGACAAUUGGUGAUGAGACUCCCGUGGGGGAUUUAGGUAUAACUGUGGAGACUUUAUUAGCUUAUUCAAGUCUAACAGAUAAACUUUUCCAUGGUUACCACAUGCAAGACCUUUAUGCCAUCUCAAAGGACGAUGAAUCUGUACAAGAAUCUCAUUUCGCAUCAUUGUCAAGGAAAUGUUUGGAAACGGUGGUUAGCGAAGAAACCACCAUGAAAGAGCUCAAGGAGCUUCUAAAGCAUGGUAAAUCUUCCAAUAAUGUAAUUUUCUCUCGAUUAUCUGAACAGAAAAAGUUAUCUAUCAUAAUUGAAAUCCUGUUGGAAUUUGGUAAUUUUUCCUUUUUGCAUGAACUCAUCAUUACCUAUCAAUACAAAGUCAAUGAAGAAGUUCUGGUGAAAUAUUUCUGGCAUUUCUUCAAUAUGGCAUCCAGCGGUCAACGUCAUAAGAGAGACCUGGCGAAUGCCGAGAAACUCGUGAACUUACUCUUAGAGGAGAACGCGCCCAAAUACACUCAUCUAAGAAUAUUACUCGAUGUCACUAAAGAUAUUUGUGACUAUUCCAUCAAUUGGGGGAGAAGCCUUCCUUUUAGACCAUCUCACCUUCUAAAAUUUAAAGAGGAUCCAUUUGGGUUAAUAAGUUUACUUCUGGAAUCAAAUCGUAGACUCUAUAAAGAUGUUCCUGCUACUUAUAGUAUACUUCAAAAAUUAUUAGUGGCAUUUGAAAUCGCGAAGCAAGGAACUACCGACUCUGAGGAAAAUUUGGUUAAAGUUUUAGUCCUUCACAUAGAUCAUGCAUUGGUCAAUAUGGACUUUCAAUUUGCAUACGAAAACACAAGGGAUUUACUCAAGAAAAAGAAUAUUAUUGAUUGCUGGCCCACAAUUUUACAAGUGGGUAAAUUCGUUGACCCCAAUUGGCGUGAUGGAGAGACCCCUACAGAAAUUAUCUUUCUUCAACUAGAGAUUUUAGGUGAACUUUUGCAAAUAUGUCCUGUGGAUGAAGUGGAAGCAGUAGCGUCCCAGUGGAGUGCUUUAGAACUUGAGCUAUUAACCAGAGAUCUAAUAAAAGAUCCCUAUUCGCUUGAAAAAUCGAGUAGUGUUAAUAGCUUAAUUCAGAAUGGUGUCUCGCUGAAUGGCGUCUCAAGUACCAUUGCCAAUUUUCUUUCGCGCAGUUGA